AUGGAGAAGAUCAGAUUACUAUCUGAAAACUCUAGAAUCAGUGAUGAUCCCUCUACAGUGAGGAUUCACUGGAAUAGAGUGAGCAAAUGGAUGAAAUCUGAGGCUUUUAAUAUGAAAGGCCUCUCUGAACAAGCCCAAAACGACUUCAUCAGAGAAGCUGGAGAGAGGAUGCAGAUCCGUCUGGCCAAAGAGGCAGAAGAGAGAGCCCGCAGAGAAGCUGAAGAGAAGGCUCUUUUGAAAGAAGAACAAAGAGCAAGAGAAGCUGCAAAAAAGGCCCCUGCUCAGGUUGCUGUUGCUGAAGUUGAAGCCAAAGCAAAGGCUGAUGCUGAAGAAGCAGCACACAUAGCUGCGGAAGAAGCUGCUAAGGUCAGGGAUGAUGCUCUGACUCAGGGGGAGAAAUCUCACUUUGAUUUCGCUCCUCUAGUGUUGAAGACUCUGGAAGAGCUACAAAAGGAGCAUCAGAUUGUGAGAGAAAGACUGGAUCAACAUGACUCUGUCAACUCCAACAUUCAGAACCUGCUGACUCAGUUGAUUCAGAGGAUGCCACCGCCUCCGAACCCUUAG